AUGUUGCCUGCUUCCUCUUUGCCCUUCCCUUCCCUCCUCCUUCUUCCACUUCUCUUCCUUCUCUCAGCUCUGUUCCUAUCCCUGUGCCUUAGACGACCUAAGCAUGGCCAGAAACAACCGCCAGGGCCACCGGCCUGGCCGGUGAUCGGCAACCUCCACCAGUUGGGUACUCUCCCGCACCGAUUCCUUCAGUCUCUCGCGAAGCGCUAUGGACCCAUCAUGUCCUUGCGACUCGGACAGGUCCCUGCUGUUGUUGUCUCUUCCCCUGAUGCCGCCGAGCUUUUCCUCAGGACGCACGACGUCGCUUUUGCCAGCCGCCCAAGGACUCAAGCGUCGGAUUUCCUUUCUUAUGGCUCCAAGGGGAUGGUUUUCUCUGAAUAUGGCCCUUACUGGCGCGACAUGAGGAAGCUCUGUACUUUGCAGCUUUUUAGCUCAUCGAAAUUGGAGACGUUUGCUCCCUUAAGAAGGGAGGAAUUGGGACAGCUGGUGAAGUCGAUUGAGAAAUCGGCGGCGGCGAGUGAGGUGGUGGAUCUGACGGAGAAGGUGGAGCGGCUUGUAGAAGACAUAAUGUAUAAAAUGAUAUUUGGACGCAACAGGGACGAUAGGUUUGAUCUGAAGGGUCUUAUUCAUGAGGGGAUGAAAUUGGCUGGAGCCUUCAAUAUUGCAGAUUUCGUGCCUUUCUUGGCGCCACUUGAUAUCCAGGGCUUUACAAGACGUUUGGUGAAGACGAGCAAGGAAGUUGAUGAGAUAUUAGAGACCAUUGUUAGAGAGCAUGAAGAGGCAGCACCAGAAGAACAGAAUAGACAACACAAGGACUUCGUGGACAUACUACUCUCUUGCAUGGAUACCAAUUACGAUGAUCACCACAACUUUGUCAUAGAUCGAACCAACAUCAAAGCCAUGCUUCUGGAUAUGAUUGCUGCUGCAUCAGACACUUCUUCUGGUGUCAUUUUGUGGGCUUUUCCAGAACUCUUAAGGAAUCCAAGGGUGAUGAAAAAACUCCAACUCGAACUAGAAAACCGAGUAGGAAAAAGCAAAAUGGUCGAGGAAGCCGAUUUGCCAAGGUUGAGUUACUUAGAUAUGGUGGUUAAAGAGACUAUGAGACUACACCCAGUGGACCCCUUACUAGUCCCUCGUGUGUGUAGGGAAGAUAUCAUAAUCAAUGGCUAUUACAUAAGGAAGAAUUCUCGAAUCAUAGUGAAUUCAUGGAGCAUAGGAAGAGAUCCUAAGGUAUGGUCUGAUAAUGUGGAAGAAUUUUUUCCAGAGAGGUUCUUGGAUGGCAAUAUGGAUUAUCGAGGAUAUGAGUUCCAAUUCUUACCAUUCGGUUCUGGUCGAAGAGGCUGCCCUGGUCUGCAAUUGGGUUUAAUUACUGUUAAGCUUAUCUUAGCACAGUUAGUGCACUGCUUCAACUGGGAACUUCCGGAGGACAAGUCUCCAGAUGAGUUGGAUAUGACUGAGACAUUUGGUUUGACAAUGCCAAGAGCUAAUCACUUGCUAGCUCUCCCAUCUUAUCGCCUACCAAUUAAUUGAUGAAUCUUAGUUUGAGGCGUUUUGCAGCUCAAUAAUAGCUCCACCCCUUAUAUCCUAAUCGAUGCAAAGCAUGUUAUUGUAACAGUAGAAGUUUAAUUAGUUAGUCAUGUGUCAGUGUAAUCUUUAAUGGAAUGGUUAAAAAUUAAUUAUGUGAUA